GACUUGAAACACGAAGAUAAGCGAGACACAGCCAAAAGGAUAGUACGCUAGCAAAACACACACACAGCACACACAGCACACGGCUCGCACAUUCGGCAUCCUCGUACACCUUGAAGGACAUCCUCCAUCACCAUGACAUCGACCACUAGUACCACCCCCAUCCCACCGACAUUGCUCUCCUCACCCUUUACGUCCGAAUACGCUCCCCGUCCCCUCCCUCUGGCAGCCAAGAAGCCGUACGCAGACCUCGGGUCUUCGUCGAUCCGUUCGGCUUACAACAUGAGCACCCUCACCGGACCUCCCAUGGCUUCGUCGUCGUCGUCGUCUCCUUCGUCGCCGGGGAUCAAGGUGGUGAACAGCAACUUGCGGACGCUGGGAAGCGGGAGAAACACCGGCUUCAGCGUGCAGAGGAGGACGAGCUCGUACGCAGGUCCUUCCUCGUUUUCGUCUGACGGCGCUCUGGCGGGUCCAUCAUCUUCAUCUCGUCCGGGAGUGUCCAGCUCGAGCAGGUCGUCGAGUUAUGGCCAGGACGGGCCGAGCAAGAGGAAAAUGUUCUACGCCGUCGCGGUGGGCCAUCAAAAGGGGAUCUACGAGACGUGGGCAGAGGCCGAAGAGCAGAUCAAGGGCCACCCCGCACCCCAAUGGAAGACGUUCAAGACCCGUCUCGCUGCCGAAUCGUACAUCAUCAGCUCGGCGCCGUUCGCCAUCACCGCUCCUCCCGACGCCGAUACGGGAGCCUACGACAUGCAGCUCGAGUAUCCUUCCUCUUCCUCGUCGCCGACUUCCCCCACGUACGAAGCGCCCUUGCACGAACGUCUGCAGAGAGAUUUUCCCUCGACCACUCCGAAAUCCGCACCGAGCCCCCCGUUGGCUGAAUUGCAACCUCCUCGACCGCAUUUCGCACGAGGAAACGGGUCGAGGAGUUCGAGCCCGAGUUCGCCGGUCAAGAGGAGCAGCCCGUUGAGGCAAGAGGUCACGGACGACGAGGCGGAACACUCGGAUUCGGUAGCGGCCUUGUCUUCCGAGGGGAGCGUUACGAGAAGGAACAAGAAGAGGACAUCGUUCAUGGCCCGACUCUCGAACGGAUUAUUGUCCCCACCGACGAGCCCCGAGGCGGCGGCCAAGGGGACCAAGACGUUCCGGGUCGAAGCUAUCGAACGACCCGUACUCGCUCCACCCAUCGUCUUGCCUCCUGCAGAUGUCUCUCGUCCGAACAGUCGAGCGUCGAGCAGGAACGGCCAUCGAUCGUCCUCCAGGCCGACUAGCAUUCGGUCACCCAGUACCGGUGACGUCGCAGCUGCAGCAGCCUACGAACAAAGGCCCGAAUCGAUCCGUAGCGUCUCGUCCUCGUCGAUCGUCUCGGGUAACGGGAACAGAGCGUCGUUUCGUCCACCUGCUACUCCUAGCAAGGGACUUUGGGGGGAUGUCACUCCCCCUCUGUCUCCACCGUUGUCACCUCCUCACGCCAAGUUUGCUCAUGGUAGUAGAGCCGCGUCCCCCUCGGGUUCGGAUGCCGAUUCCGAAGGGUUCAGCUCGCCAACUACCAAUGCUCCCAAGUUUUCCCGAUCCGCAUUAAAGAAACAAGGCGUCCUCCUCCCAGUCCCUGCGAACGCUAGCAGUCGACCGACAUCCCCAGCGCUCUCCCGAUCGCCUUCGUUCACGAGCCUCAAACGCAAGACGUCCAGCAACAGUCUGAAUUCGAUCGGGUCGUUUGGCUCAUUUGGUGCCCUGAGGGACAAGUUGGCAGCCGUACAGAUCGUCGAGGAACCGCAGGACGGAGAGAGGGAGAACGUUCCGCCUCCCCAAUCGGCUGCUGACCAAAACGACAAGGACAGAUUGCGUCCGGGUCUUGCUUCGCGUUCCGUCAGCAAGGAAUCGAUCGCUUCCAUCUCGUCCUUUGCGACCGCGCAAGAUUUUGUCAUGGUUCCUACAACCCCUCCCAAAAAACCCAUCCAGGACGGUAGUGGAAUUGGCGAAAAUCAGCUAGCCGACCCAGAACGACUCUCGCCCAUCCACUCGAACGCCUCUGGCAGCGAAGAUCAUCACGGCAGUUCCCGCUCGGACGCCACGCACACGCAGUCCGAGGCCUGUCCGGGGAAGUAUGGUACCGACCGCAAGUUAGGGAAGAAGCGGAGCUUCAAGCGGCUCCUGAAAGCGCUUGGGUUCUCGAAGAUGGACGAGACCAAAGACAAGGCCGAUUGGGAGAGGAGGUUGAGCGCUUGAUCUCUCCCUUGCGCGCUGAUGGAUGGAUUUCUCAAGAACGUUUAUAUAUCAUAGAAUAUCUGUUUCGGACGAACAAUCUCAUCAUCCUUAGAUCACGCUUUUUUGACGUACUCGCGCCCGUUGUAUCUGAUUUUUGAAUGGCUUCCCGCGUUUUCUACGCUACGACAAGAUUUAUCUCUAUCUCAUGUGACGACACACCGCCUCGUCUCUGCUGCAUCUGCUUGU